AUGCCUUCCACCGCCACCCUCAACUACUUCGGACUCCCUGGCCGGGGUGAGGCUACCCGCGUCGCGCUCGUCUAUGCCGGGAAGGAUUUCGAGGACAACAGAAUGGGGUUUCCUGAAUACGGUGCUUGCAAGUGGGCGGGCAAGGGCCUGCCUGUCUUGGAGAUGAACGGUUUCGAGUACACCCAGUCGACGGCCCUCCUUCGGUAUGCAGGCAAGCUGGGAGGAUUGUACCCGGAGGACGCCCUCGCCGCCCUCAAGGUGGAUGAGAUCGUGAUGAUCGGCGAGGAUAUUAUGGCCAACAUGUUCAAGUGCAUGGGAGAGAAGGGCGACACCGUCGCCAAGGGAGUACUCGACGGAAAGGUGGGUGUGGGUCGUGGUGUGGCGCGAGGUUUAGUGGUGAAGACAUCAGUGCAUCGGUAG